AUUUACCUGCUCAUUAGGAGAGCUCACACUCAGUUGGGGGUACACUAUUCAGACUUUAAGUUUCAGACUAUUGGCUAACUGUCCGAAGCUCAGCAUUCAAAGCCGGCCCGUGCCCAGUACCUUUUGAAGACUAGCCAGCUUUCAGUUAGAUUUGGAUAGGCAGAUAGUGACUGAUGACCUCACAGAGGCUUGUGCCUGGCGUUAGUGAUGACCACACAGUGGUGUGUCCCUGGCGUUAGUGAUGACCUCAUAGAGGCUUGUGCCUGGCGUUAGUGAUGACCUCAUGGGGCGUGUCCCUGGUGUUAGUGAUGACCUCAUGGGGGCGUGUCCCUGGUGUUAGUGAUGACCUCAUGGGGGCGUGUCCCUGGUGUUAGUGAUGACCUCACUGGCGUUAGUGAUGACCUGGGUGUGGCGUCCCGCAGGCUGAGCUCCUCCCUCUCCCUGGAGGAGGUGAUGCAGUUUGGCGACAGCUCUCGCGAGCUCUUCAUCAAGUCCAGCGGCUACAGCCUGGUCUCCGUGGAGGUGGCUGAGGCCGGCCCCACCAUCGGCUGGCUGUUCUCCUCCGAGCCCAAGAGCGUCUCCUUUGGCGUGGUCUACAGGGAGGGACCCCACACCCCACUGGAGGAGGCUAAGGUUCUGGUCCCUCUGACUCGCUGCAACUCACACAAGGAGACGAUCAGUGGUCAUCUGAUGGUGAAGAACCCCGGGACCUACAUGCUGAUCUUCGACAACACCUUCUCCAGGUUCACCUCUAAGAAAGUUCUGUACCGCCUGACUGUCGUUCAGCGCGUGGUCUUCGACGGAAGUGAUUUUCCCUGAGCGGUGGGGGGUCCUCAACUCCCCUCCUGCCUGUCGCGCCCCACCCCCCCCCCCCCCCCCAUUCCCCUCCUACCCUACAUGUGCCAAACCAUCUUGUGUUCUGACUGCAAAUUUUCUCCAGCUGUGGAAUGGAGAAAUGGUGAAUGCGCUGUUGCCACGGCGAUGAGAAACCAGAGGCUCUUUCCAGUCACGUAUUCUUUACCUCCUUGCAUCUUUUCCUCGCUCUCUUAGCUCUACCCGACGGAGGAGUCGAGGAGUAUUAUAUAAGGGCACAUCCUUGUUCAGCCAGGCGUCAGUGUGAAGCCACGUCAGUUACAGAUGUGACAGAUGGGGAGAGGUGGAGCUGCGGGUCGAUCAUUAUUCGUCCGGCAUUAUG